AAGCAGUCCGCUUAUAGGCAAAAAAAAGGCAGUCAGGUCCUGUCCCUCAGUUGUGAGAUAUGGAUCCACUCCAGUUCAACAGGAUCGAACAGCGCUACAACGAUGUGAUCAAUCUUCCUAGCUUAUGGCUACUAGAAGAUAUCCUUGAAAGCCAAAUUGGUGUGGUUCACGGCCUCGAGGUGCUUGACUUAGCCUGCGGAACCGGGUACUGGUCCAGAAAAAGUAUUGACUUGGGAGCGAAGAAGGUUGUUGGCGUGGAUAUCUCCAAGGCCAUGGUGGACAGCGCACGACUUCAGGCCCGGGCACAGGAACCCUCUGAAUUCCAUGUUGUAGACUGCAUUGCGCCAUUCAACAUGGGGUCAUUUGACCUCGUUCUAGGUGUCUGGCUUCUGAACUAUGCCAAGAACAAAACGGAGUUGUUGGCGAUGUGGCAGAACAUUUUUCACAGCCUGAAACCCGGUGGGCGGUUUGUCGGAGUCAUUCCAAAUUACGAAAUACUACAGACAACUGCCUGUGGACAGGAAUACCACUUUGGGGGAGUGACUUACAAAGUGCUCGAACGGGUCACAGAAGGAACCCGCAUUCAAGUUAUUCUUGACACUACGGACCCGAUAGCUUUCUUCUGCUAUAUGCUUGAGCCGUGGUUGCAUGAGGAAUGUUCUGUCCAGGUUGGAUUCAAUGACUUGAGGUGGGAGCCACUUCCUAGUGAACUCGACGUGGAUCUCGGUCCUCUUUUUUUCCAGAUUAUCACUGCUUCGUGCCCCAAGUCAUAGACACCAGUCCGCGCAUGGCUAUCAUUUUUGGGAAUAUGCCUCUAUGACAAGUUCCAGGGAGAGAGUUAGUUGCAGCUGUAGAGCUACAUUGGUUCCCACGACGGCGUGAUACAACCCACCACGCAGGGUAUAGCCUUGUCAAUCAAAGCUUCUGAUCCUGGCUGAUCUAGUUCAUAUCUGACUGCAUCUAAUGAGCCAGGCCACUACACAAGAAAUGACACGAGCUUAGCUUGAUGUCUGUCGCUAUUUAGAAAUUCCUUUGAGGACAGUCACGUGUGUGUU